AUGAAGAGUGGACCUCCACAAGCUCUCUACAGACUCAUCUGCAUUGGCUCAGUGCUUCUCAGUGAAGUGGGAAUCGUUCAGCCAGAUCCCCUGGUGACGGCUGAGCUUGGGGACGAUGUCACUCUGCAGUGCUUAUAUCCCAAGGUGGGAACGUCCUAUUUGUCAUGGUACAAGCAAACUGUGGGAAAGAAGCCUCAGCUCAUAUCAACAUUAUACAAACACAUUCAGAAUGCCACCUUUCACAAUGAGUUUAAAGAUGAUCCACGCUUCACAGUUCAGAGGGGAGAAAGAGCAAACCACCUGACCAUCUCGAAAACGGUGCCUUCGGACUCAGCAAUGUACUACUGUGGUGGAGCAAAUCUAUAUACUGUAAACUUUGGAGAAGGAACCUUUUUGUCGCUUACAGGUUCAAAAGUCAACAGCAGGACAGUAGUGCAGCAGCCCGUGUCUGAGCCAGUGCAGCCAGGAGACUCUGUGACUCUGCAGUGUACAAUAGACACUGAGACCUGUGCAGGAGAACACAGUGUGUACUGGUUCAGACAGGGCUCAGGAGAGUCCUCUCCAGGAGUCAUUUACACCCAUGGAAACAGGAAUGAUCAGUGUGAGAGGAGCUCUGGGGCUGGGUCUCCUACACAGAGCUGUGUCUACAAGCUCCCCAAGAGGAACCUCAGCCUCUCUGAUGCUGGGACUUACUACUGUGCUGUGGCCACCUGUGGGGAAAUUCUGUUUGGGAACGGGACCAAGCUGAAGUUGGAAGUUCCAGACCAUCACAGCAAUAUUUGGCAGUAUAUUGUCCUUGUGUUGGUGGUUACUCUUAUGGUCUCCCUGACUACAAACCUCAUCCUUUUUCUCAUGUGGACGAGAACCAAAGGAGUCCCAUCAGCUCUGACACAAACUGAAGGCAUCGUUCAGCCAGAUCUCCUGGUGACGGCUGAGCUUGGAGACGAUGUCACUCUGCAGUGCUUCUAUCCCAAGGAGGAAUCAUCUUUCAUAGCAUGGUACAAGCAAACUGCGGGAAAGAAACCUCAACUCAUAUCUUCAUGUUACACAUCUGAUAAAAAUGCCAUUUUUUACAACGAGUUUAAGGAUAACCCACGCUUCAGAGUUCAGAGUGGCUUAACCUGGAUUAACCUGACAAUCUCAAAAACCCAAACGUCAGACUCUGCGUCGUAUUACUGUGGAAAAGCAGUUUUUAACAACAUAGAAUUUGCAGAAGGCACUUUUUUGAUGCUCAAAGCGUCAGAGUUGAAGAGCAGGACAGUAGUGCAGCAGCCCGUGUCUGAGCCAGUGCAGCCAGGAGACUCUGUGACUCUGCAGUGUACAAUAGAUGCUGAGACCUGUGCAGGAGAACACAGUGUGUACUGGUUCAGACAGGGCUCAGGAGAGUCCUCUCCAGGAGUCAUUUACACCCAUGGAAACAGCAGUGAUCAGUGUGAGAGGAGCUCUGGGGCUGGGUCUCCUACACAGAGCUGUGUCUACAAGCUCCCCAAGAGGAACUUCAGCCUCUCUGAUUCUGGGACUUACUACUGUGCUGUUGCCACCUGUGGGGAGAUCCUGUUUGGGAAUGGGACCAAGCUGGAUUUAGGAGCUCUGACACAAACUGAAGGCAUCGUUCAGCCAGAUCGCCUGGUGACGGCUGAGCUUGGAGACGAUGUCACUCUGCAGUGCUUCUAUCCCGAGGAGGAAUCAUCUUUCAUAGCAUGGUACAAGCAAACUGCGGGAAAGAAACCUCAACUCAUAUCUUCAUGUUACACAUCUGAUAAAAAUGCCAUUUUUUACAACGAGUUUAAGGAUAACCCACGCUUCAGAGUUCAGAGUGGCUUAACCUGGAUUAGCCUGACAAUCUCAAAAACCCAAACGUCAGACUCUGCGUCGUAUUACUGUGGAAAAGCAGUUUUUAACAACAUAGAAUUUGCAGAAGGCACUUUUUUGAUGCUCAAAGGUUCAGAGUCUAACAGCAGGACAGUAGUGCAGCAGCCCGUGUCUGAGCCAGUGCAGCCAGGAGACUCUGUGACUCUGCAGUGUACAAUAGACACUGAGACCUGUGCAGGAGAACACAGUGUGUACUGGUUCAGACAGGGCUCAGGAGAGUCCUCUCCAGGAAUCAUUUACACCCAUGGAAACAGGAGUGAUCAGUGUGAGAGGAGCUCUGGGGCUGGGUCUCCUACACAGAGCUGUGUCUACAAGCUCCCCAAGAGGAACCUCAGCCUCUUUGAUGCUGGGACUUACUACUGUGCUGUGGCCACCUGUGGGGAGAUCCUGUUUGGGAAUGGGACGGAGAUGGACUUUGAACGGUCCCAUCUGGGCACGAGUGCCUCACCUGCGGCCCAGUUCUGUCAUCAGCCUCAGACUCCGCCCCUCUACAAAGCGCAUGGGAAUCUCCCUCACCUCAGCACCAGCGGACGCAUGCAGCUCACCAAAGAGUGA